AUUUUCUCUAGUUGCAUAACGUGGGUUUUGAUACGCAAAUUGUUUCCAUCUCUACAGGAUGUUAUGGUUUCAUUUUCUUCCCACAAACUCUCAUGCAAAGCAGAAAAGACGCGCGCUCUUUCCACGCGCUGAAGCCCCUCCUGUGCCCCGCACGACCACGCGCUCAAAUAACACUCUGCGGACACGCUCCCCACGCACUUCGUGUUAAAUGCUUGUAGGUGAACAUGAAGGACUGAUGCAUAGAUGUGAAGAUCUGCAGAUUUACGUGGAAUCCACGUUUUUGUUCUAAGAAGCGCACUGGACACGUUUGGAGACGUCGAUGGAUAGAACCCGUUUCGGAAAUGCGUUGUGAAUUGUUACUUAUUUUUUAAUUAAGGCCAAGGGCAGCAGCCACAACGAAACCAUUAUCAUGCAAGGAUACGCCCAGAGGUCAAAUCAGCAGCUUCUGCCUAGGUACCGGGAACCACCGCCGCCUUAUCAACCAAGGAAUUCCCAACACAAUCAACAUCAAGAACAGUUCAACCCCCAACCUUACUCCACAGAGGAGGCAACACACUCCAACGGACAACAAAGGGCUGUAAAUAACUGGAGUGCCCAUCAAGCUGUAUGCUCGGAGGCCUUUGCUCCCGCUUUCCAACAGUAUGACGGUCGCUGUGAUGCAAACAAGACCCUUCGCCAACAACAGCCCACAAGACACCAGCUACACCACAAACCCUCAAAUGUGGCCCACAGCGCUGAAGGGAAAGCACCUGACAAACCUAAUGGCAUUAAUAGAUUUUAUGGUCAAUUCAAAACACAGGCAAGUUUAUAUGUUGCCUCUCAACAGACCUACAGAAACACGGAGACAUUGAUGACUCAGAACAACUCUAGUCAACAUCAUUCAUAUUGGACUUGUCAACAACUUCAGCCUAGACCAGAUCACAUCUAUCCUCAGCAACCUCAACAGUUGCCUGGACAACACUCGACAUCCAGACACACCUUACAUUACAACCCCACUGCCCAAAACAGAACCACGGUGCAGAGAAUGACCAACAACCAAGCUUGUCAAAGCAGAACGGCAGUCGGAUAUACAUCACCCACUUCUGUCAAGCUGCCACCUUCUGGACCACACAAUUCACCACAUUCCAAUAACGUUCAACAGAGCCGACCAGAACUGAUGUCAAACGCAAAUCCCAAUGUGCUGUCAGCUCAGUCUCAGAACAAUCGAAGCAGCGCUGGGUAUCCAACUGCAGACUCCAACGUUCAAACGUGUUAUGUUAAUCAAAACGCUCAAAACCAGACGCCGACCAACAGUGAAGCCCAGUCGAACCCAACAUCCCGACCUUUUAACUUGAGUUAUUAUCUAGAAUCGAAAAUGAAUGAAAUUCUAAGUUCACAGAAAGAAGAGCAAGAUUUGAAGAACAAAUCAACAACCAAUAAGAAUUGGUCGUACGUCAGUCCUGCCAACAAGACCGACCAAAACACACAUUUAUGGCAACUUUUAUCAGAGCCAGAUUUACAGUCUACAGCUGAACCGCCGCACAAACGAAUGAACUUUGGUCAAAAUCAAACGUACCGCUUGAAGUUACCCUCCAAAAACACAAGCAGGUUGCAGUCUGCCUUACCUGGAACCUGCCAGAUGGCCGUAGACGAACAGAACAGCACUGGAAAUGGACACGGAGGGCAAAGGCAAAAUGAGAUUCAGUACAUUACUGAUCCAGCCGAAUGUCUUGAAGCUGUGUUGGCCAUACAGAAGUCGUUUCAGAAAGUUCACAAAGCCGUAGCGAUCGUCCCACCCAUUUCCCUUCUAAAUGGGCACACCGAGUGGACAGUUGACUCAUACACGAAGACUGAUGACAGUCCACCUUUAAAGAUUUCUCUUGUGUGGUCGCUCUCUAAAGAAUCUGAUUCACAAAAACCCAUCACAACAGAAAAUAGUGAUAAAGUGCUGUCUGAAGACUCCUCGCGCUUGGUUGAGCAGGACGUCAGAAUGAGCCCUGAAAGUAAGACCAUGAACACUGCAGAAAAUUCAGGUUUGUUUUCUGUUAAUCCAACAGCGGGGUGUGACCUUGAUUCAAGUGAUGCUGCAUUUCGAUUGUCUGAUUGUCCGCUGGUUACAUACACGCUGGAAAACCUGAGGAACUUAGUAAAGUCUUUGGAGAUGACUGAGUCGUCUGCUCAACAUCCAGAGAAACCCGAAGGUGUUUGCAAUCGGAUCUUGGACCUCUACUGGAAAGGAGACAUUGGGUAUCUUAAAAAGCAUUUAAAAAAACUGCGUGAAGUGAGAUCCUACUUUGAUGUAGAAAGUGUGAAAGAUGAGAAAUCUGUGGUGUUUGCAAGCAUCACACAUGAAGACAUUAAGAAAGCGGCCCAUUGCGAGAUUGUCACAGAUGAGCUCUGUUCAUCCUCUGAGGAGUACAGGUCUUCUUGGUUAAAUGUUGGUGGCCAGCCAGCGGAUAUCGCUAAGGUGCUUUCAGAACCGCUUUCGGAUUACAUCACCGUCUCGAAGGAGGUGUCAGGUAACGUUUUAGUCCCUGCAGACAAGCUAGGUGUGAAUUCCCUAAAAGACCCUGAAGUUACACCUUUUAAUGUCAAUGAGCAUGCAAAACCAGACUCUGGAAGCCCUGGAGGUAGUUUCACACCUUCUGAAGGAAAUGGCAGGAGGGACACCAAGAACAAAGAGAAGUUAGAUGCAGUAAAUUCUGGUGUUACGCCUCUUUGCACAGUUCCUGGCGAACGGGAAAUGUUUGAGAACCAAGGUGACAACAUGCAAAACCACCAGCAUCUAAACACAAAGCCACCCACAGACCUUUCACCUUCGGCAGACACGUCUUCAGAAAAGAAAGAGGAAAAUUUAAGUCAAGACAAUGUAACUAUCGGCCUGAAAGAAUCAGUUCUAAACAAUGAGCACCAGGUACAUUUGGACUCUAAGACUCUCCCUCAUGAUCAUUUACCUUCGUCACAUUUACUUCCUGCAUGCUCUGAAGAUAAAUCUUUGCCAUCAGUCAACGCUGUUUCAGAUGCUGUAAAAGAUAUAGAAGAGAUCUCCACCCCAAAGCCCAGUAGUAACUUUAUAAGCACAUGGCAGGUUGAAGAUAUUUCUGAUGAUAGUAUGGACGGUAUGGAGACCCAUUCUAGCUACGCUGGCACAAUGCAAGUAGAAAAUAUUUCUGAAGAUGACAAUUCAGAUAACAUGGAGAUCUUUACUAACUCCACACAAACAUUGCAAGUAGAAAACAUUUCUGAAGAUGAGAGUUCAGACAACAUGGAGAUCGCUACUAAAUCUACAGAUAUAUGUCUUGUGAAAGACAUUUCAAAUGAUGAAAAUUCAAGCGAUGAUUCCUUGUUGAUGGAUGUUACAGUGUUGUCAUCCGAGGAAGCGUUAACAUUUUUCCAACAGUUAGAAAAGAAAUCAACUGACUCCAGUGUUGACCAUCCAAAGCUUAUGGCAUCCUCAUCCAGUCAGCCUAAACAGGAUUAUAACAAAGCCAAGAUUUGCUCUGGUUGUGGUAUCAAUGACAUUUUGACAUCCAAUUCCACCGAUGUGAUGGACAGCGAUAGAGAACUUUUUUGCACUGCAUGUUGGGAUCUGGCACCAUCGCUUGACCUCGAAAUGGAUCCGUGUAAUGAGAGCAGUGACAGUGAGUCAGAAACACUGGAGCAUAAUUGUAGUCCAUCUUCAGAAGUGGAAGUUCUGGAGCCAUUUACUGCUUCAACUGACGUGCACGUUGCAGAAGAAGAACCGACCGAAAAACCAAAAGAUGACACAUUGUUAAUUUCAGUAGCAGAACAAAAAACGUCCGAGAUUGAAUGUUCUGCUGAACAGGAGAUUUUCAAGAUUCAACCAGAUCAAAGGAAAGAUGAAAACUCAGAGAGACUCAGCAUGCCCAAACUGCACAGAAAUGAGACUGAUGUUCUUGGCGAUGUCGCUGCAUCAGAAAUAACGGAGGAGAAUAGUGGUCCGCCUGCCUUGGAAAUGGAACUUCUGGAGACAGUUAUUACUUCAGCACCAGAACAUAAAGUGCCUGAGAUUCAGAGUAAUGUUGAACGAGAGCUUGCAAAGAUUCCACCGGAUAAAACGAAAGAUGAAAGAAUGAAAAUCAAAUCAAAAUCUGCAUUUCUCAAACGUAAGUUUAAACCCAGCAGGGCUCGGUUGACUUCUAAUGACUCUGUUCUUUUCGCUCCGGAUAUUGUGCUUAAGAAGAGCCAGCCUCAAAAGAAAAAACACAAAGCUGUGUCUGCAGUCAAGCGCCCUGGUGGCCAAAUUCAGAACUGCAACAGUGCCAACAACAUAAACAAACCCACUGAAGAAAGACCAGAUCCUGGUUUACAUGCUGCGACUGAUAAAACUCCACAGAUCCACAAAGAUAAAGUGAGAGAGAAACAGUCCAGUGAUUCAACACAGUUUCUGAAAAAAACACUUCACAGGUCAAACACGAUGCCUGAGGUGCACACUGAUAAUCUGUCAGAGAAGUUAACAACAACUGGGAAAAAAAGAGUGAGAUUUGCUUUAUAUGGAUGUAAAAACGAAAAACAGUGUGCCGCCCCAGGGCGCAAAUUUUUACCCCCCACGACCUUAACUGUGGCCGAUGCUUGCAAAGAUGUGUCCAGAAACACGAGCCCAAGGUUUCCCAAAGGGCGGCGUUUCUCUGCUCCUGCGACAUUGUCUGCUGACUAUUCAGAUGUGAUUUCUGCCAAGCAAAAAGUUCACAACCAGUGGAGCAGCACUUUUAUACCAACAGCAAAAAAGUCGCCACCUCCCAAGUCUCCGACCAAAGGAGAACCGCUGAAGAAAAAACCCCUAAAAACUCACGAACUCUUAAAGUCCAACAUGCCAGCAUUAAAAAACCAAAUGAUGCAGAGAUCCAUGCUCCUGUCCAGCCAAGAGAUCAGCAAAAGCGUGGAAAAACACUAAACUUGUGUGUCACUUUAAAUAUGUUUACUUGAACAUGUGUGCAUAGGGAUAUUUUUAUAAUUACAUGACAGUGCUGAAGAGUUUUACUGUUUCUUACUGGCUAAGAAAAAGUAAUUUUAUAUAGUUUUAAACAAUAGUUUUAUUGUUUGUUGUUGUAUAUACAAUUUUAUGUAAAAAUGGGACUGGAUUACAGUUUACUUUAAAUGUAUAUUUUUAUACUUUUGUUCUGUUAUUUUUUUACCUCUGUAUUUUUUUUACAGUGUAAAAUGCAAAGUACUGUUUACUGCAAAAACUUAAUGAAGAAUAAAUUCAUUGAUUCAAUUGAAUUCAAAAUCUCUCGCAACAUUUUACUUGAUAUUUGAUGUUUCACACUCAUUCCACUCCAGAUUUGCUCUUAAAAUGGUAAGUUUACAUUGAGGUUUAUUUAUUUCAUUAGUUAUCAUACACAAUUAAGAAUCUAGCUCUACAGCAUCUAUUAUUGUUAGUUUAAUGAUAAUUUCAAUAUUUGCCAACACAUUUUGAAUUAAAAAAAAAUGGUAACCGUAUAAACAAUGGUAUUUGUGCCAUAUUAAACUUUUUGCUUAGUCACAGGAAAAAAUAAAAAGGUACAUUCAAAUGGAAAUUUUGAAUCUGCAGCUAAGGAAGUCUUCAAUAUGUACAGGUACAAAAAUGUGUGACAUCCUCAUCUUCGAAACACUGUUUGCUUCCUGUCCUUCAUAUAUACAUGCACAUAUUAUAUAAGGAAUAAACAUCAUGUGUAUGUCACAUAAGCUCACUUGAGAGUGUGCCUCUCUAUUCUUCCUCUUGCAUGUGGGUCACAGAAGUCUGGGUAACCAAUUUAUCUGGUAAUUAACAAAGAUUAAUUAUACUGUUAAAAUGUACUGAUCAUUGUAAGGCCACGUUAAUGCAUUAACCAGUGAAUAAUGCCAAAAUAAAUAAACAGAAAAGUUAUCGAUUGAAUUCCAUAAACCUGUCAACAAAUAAAAACACACAGUAAACAGAAAUAUGAAAAGAAAUCAUAGAAGUAAUCAAAGACCGGAACUCUUCGUUUAAUGAAUAUAUGAUCAUGUACAUUUUGAAAUCACAUUCAUAACAAUAACAUUUUUCCUAGAAAUCAUUGCAGGUGUUUGUUUAUAUUUUAUCUUAUAUUUUAUAUAUCGAAAGAACGAGGCGAUGUUAUGUAAAAUAAUUGCGUAGGAAUUUGCAGUUCUCCCUUCGCUCCACUAGGCGUCAGUAGCGAGAUUUACAUUCAACAUUAACAACAUGACGCAUGAUCAUCAGAGACUGCAGCAACACCUGUAGCGACACACGCAUUCGAUUUACGUAUGGUCCUGCAUGGGAUGAAUACGCCUGGAGAUCUGUCUCAAGCAUGCAGUGUCCUGUGGCUCAGUGGACAAGAACACUCACCCUUGAUGGAGAUGUGUGGGGUUUGAGGCCAGGUGUGGACAUGCAGAUGAAGAACGCUGGAUGUGAUAAAGAGAGACCAAGAGUGAAGUCAAGAUGAGAAAAUGAAGUCCGGUCCGAGUUGGAAGAAGGAGAGCAAGAGGCUGUCACAACCAUUAAGAUGAAGAACAACACGCAAAACACACAAAUAAUCUGGAGGAAACCCAGCCUAAGGGCUUGUGAAGAGACUGAAUGCUGAUUCCUGACCACUGUUCAGACUCCGGGUGGCUCCGUCGGGUCUAUAGCUCUCCAAUGUCCUACAGCCUCCUCCAGCUGUGUAGCGGAACUCCUGAAGAUUGGACACACCGUGGAAGUGCACGAAGGCCCCGGCCACCACCAAGACGUGGAAUAGCUGAUGGGAAUGGAACUGGCAACAGAAAACAGGAAAGAAUCUCUCGGGGAUCCGGGCGGCGUACAGACAUGCUCCGGUGAUGUACAGGGUGGCCAUAAGGAAGAGCCAGCCCAUUUGGCCCAUGGUGGUGGCUCUCAAGAAGCCUUCUGAGAUCAUAAAGUGCAGCGUCGGGACGACCCCGCUGAGCCCCAGACCCACAAACACACCUAUGGAGAGAACAAGUGAUGGGGUCUUACCAGCUCUGACUCCGCGGUACUGCGGCGUGGCGAAGAAAUCGCACUGAGAGACUGUGAUGGCGGCGAUUCCCAAUAUACAAACUACGAACAGGCUCUUACUUUGAGAAGACGCGUGACACCCCUUCAGAGUGGCAGUAGACCGUGUGGAAGAGCCAGGAGAAGGACAGGCAGAGAAUGGCUCCCAGAAAAAACAUGCCAAUGACUAUCUUCUCCUGGAACGGCGCCACAAAUGACAUAUUGGGUCUGAACAUGUACACGAUGCCGAGACAGAGAAAGAACAGGCAACCU